ACCCAAAGUUGUCACAACGCCAGACCCAAAAAGAUAACAUCGCUAUCAGCCGCCGAUAAGGGGGUUCUCAAGCACAUGUUUCGAUUCAGAUCAUGCUCUAGCGCAAGCUUGUCUGCGGGUUACUGGAUGUUAGAAAAAUAUAUAGCAAACAAACCUACUAGGGUUCUACUUAAUGAUAAUAAAGCUAAGAAGAUGUUUCAGGGACAAAUAGAAAAACAGUUAGGCAGCCAUGUAGUAAGUGAUACCCACUCUGGGACAGCUUGGGAUGAUAUCCAAAAUGCUGUGGAAACAGCAGCAGUAUCUGCUAGUAAGGUAAACCAUAAGGUUAGACAGAAGCCGUGGAUUUCAGUAGCAUCUACCGAACUGAUGGAUACUCGAAAGCUCAUUCCGCCUGGUGUAGCAUCUAACCAUUCAUUCAUCGUAAUUUAAUAAUUAGUCGUUUAAAU